AUGAAACGUCAACGAAAUAAGAAAAUUAUCGAACAAAAUGUUAAUAACAAAAAAAAAUUAUCAAUAACACAAUUUGAAGACUUAUCCAAUGAAUUAAUUUAUGAAAUAUUCGAUUAUAUUGAUUAUUGUCUUAUCUAUGAGAUUUUUGUAAAACUUAAUCUACGUUUCCAUUCUUUAUUUUAUGAAUCAAAUUUAUCGCUUAAAAUAAAUUUUCCAUUAACAUCAAAAACUAUUUUUCAAUAUCGUUGUAAAUAUAUUAUUAAUUCAAAUAUUAAACGUAUAAUCUCAUUAAAUAUAUGCAAAUAUUUUCUUGAAUUCUUUUCAAUAAAUUUAUUUUCAUCACUUAAAUCAUUAACUGUUAAUCAAAUACAAUCUGAUAAAAUCUCAACACUUCUUAGUAAUUUAAUAUGUUUACCAAAUUUUUCUUCUCUUUCAAUUUAUUCAUCGAAUUAUUUUCAAGAUGAAAAUUCUAUUUAUCUUUCAAUUUUUCGUUUAACAAAAUUAAAAUUUUGUAAAUUAACAUUUCCAUCUGGUGGUGAACGUGUUCCAUUACCAAUUGCUAUAGAUUCAUAUCACAAACUUGAACGUUUAAUUAUUAAUGGUCAUUGUCGUCUUGAACAACUUAAUUCUAUUCUUUCAUAUUUACCUCUACUUCAACAUCUAUCAUGUCAAUAUCUUUACGGUACAGGAAGAGAAUGUAAAGAAAUUCAAAUACCAAAAAAUUUAACAAGUAUUCAUCUGACUAUAUAUCGUAUAUUAUUUGAAGAAAUGAAAUUAUUUUUAUCAAAAAUUAGCUCUCGAUUAAAAGUUUUUAGAAUAAAAACAUUUGAUAAUGAUGAUUAUUUUCAUGCUGAACAAUGGAAAGACUUAAUUGUAUGUCAUAUGCCAUGUUUAUGUAUAUUUGAUUUACAAUAUACAGUUUCUAUUGAUAAAGAUAAUCGUCAAUUGUUAAUUGAUCGAUUUUCUUCUAAGUUCUGGAUUGAAAAACAAUGGUUUUUCGAUUAUUAUUACUAUUAUAAUGACGAAUAUUCGUAUUAUUUCAAUUUCUUCUCAAUUGUUCCAUACAGAUAUGAUGAAUAUACAUUACAUGAAAAAUUCAAUGAGAAUAAAUCAAAAUUAUACAAAAGUAACAAUAUCAAUUUUGCUCGUCAUUUAAUUCUUGAAGGUUGUUUAAAAACAAAUCAAUAUUCUAUUCAAUUCCCACGAGCUACGAAACUUACUCUCAAAGAUAAUAAUAUACAAAAGAAUCCAUUGUUUAUUAAUCAUAUGAAAUCUAUUGUUCCUCUCUUACAAAUUACAGAACUAUCCAUUAAAGAUAAUGUUUUAACAAUUAAUCAAUUCAUUGAAAUUUUAUGUCUUUUUCCAAAUGUUCAAACUUUGACACUAUCAAAUAAAAUACAAUUAGGAUCUAAACGAACUAAUACUAGACGAUUAUUAUCUAGAAAUAAUCGAAUAACACAUUUGAUAAUCGAUGAUGAUGAAUGUCAAUUUGCAUAUAUUGAUUUUCUUAUUGAUUUAUUUCCAUAUCUUGAAUAUCUUGAAAUAAGUUUAGAUGAAAAUCAUCUCGAAAAAAUUUUACGAUUUUUAUUCUUAAAAUUAAAAUAUCUUUUCUCAUUAUUUCUUUUAAAUAUUAACUAUGAUACUAUUGAAAAAAUACAAACAUUAAUUAAAAAUGAAAAUUUAAUUACAAAUUAUACAAUUGAACGUAUUCAUGGUGGAUUAUAUUUAUGGUGGUAA